AUGUCUCUUACAGAAGAAGAUUUACGGAAAUUUCAUGAUGAGCACUUCGGAAACGUAGCCAUCCAAUGUUGGGAAAACGCGUUUCUUCAAUCUCCAGCUGAUUUGGAUGUGUCAUCUACAUACAAUAAAAACUCUAAAUUGCCUUCUAUAGAAAGGUAUCCGGAUGGAACCAUUCGAACAUUAACGGACGAACAGAUAUCGUAUUUUCGAGAAUCUGAAGUACGAGAACUCAAAUGGAAGAGGGAAAAAGAACAAUUUAUGCAAGAAAAAGAAAAGGCAACAAAGGCAUUUGAACAAACGAGUGUUGCAGCGUCCGUACCCGAGAGUGAACCUCACGUACCAAUGCCGCUGCAACAAUCCUUGUCAUUAGACUCGUACCAAACAUUGUACGGGUAUUCUUGUCAUGAUAUACUCGAAUUAGAGCAAAUCCUUGAUAAUUCGUUUCAGAAAUUCACAGCUGUCGCUACGAAGUAUUGGCCUCCUAUUCCUAUCCGUAGUUAA